CUCUCCGUGCAUCUCCACGCUUACUACUAGCUACUCGAUCUAGCUAGUGAUUAUUGUGGUUCCGCGCGCAUCGCUCGCCAUGUCGGCGCCAUCGCAGCUAAGCAAGGACCCGCACAACAAUUACUUCGACUUUGGGGCAGCGCGGCAGGUGCCGGAAACCCACACGUGGGAGGGGCUGUACGAGCACCCGCUGGUGGACGGCGGCGUCGGGGCCGCGGAGGACGCCGUGCCGGUGGUGGAUUUGCGGGACCCACAUGCAGCCGAGGCGGUGGCGCGUGCGUCGGAGCAGUGGGGAACGUUCCUGCUCGAGGGCCACGGCAUUCCGAGCGAGCUGCUCGCGCGCGUCGAGGCCCGAAUUGCUAGCGUGUUCGCGUUGCCGGCGUCGGAGAAGAUGCGCGCCGCGCGGCAGGACGGCCAGUCCCACGGCUAUGGACUGCCACCCAUCGCCUCCUACUUCCCCAAAACCACGUGGUCUGAGGGCUACACCUUGUCCCCGGCCAACCUCCGAGCCGAGCUCCGCAAGAUCUGGCCCGACGCCGGCGAGGACUACCGCCACUUCUGUGACGUGAUGGAGGAGUUCGACAGGCAGAUGCUAGCGGUGGUUGACAAGCUGACGGUGUUGUUCCUCGCAGCGCUCGGGGUCGCCGGCGUCGAGGCGGGGCGCAAGUUCGUGGAGACCAUGUCCGAGACCGUGACCAUGCACAUCAACUGGUACCCCAAGUGCCCUGACCCGAAGCGAACACUGGGCCUGGCGACGCACACGGACUCGGGGUUCUUCACGUUCCUGAUGCAGAGCCACGUUUCUGGGCUGCAGCUGUUCCGGCGCGGGCCAGACAGGUGGGUUGGGGUGCCACCCGGGGCACUCAUCGUCAACAUCGGCGACCUCUUCCAGAUCCUCACCAACGGCCGCUUCCGCAGCACAUACCACCGCGCCGUCGUCAACCGCGACAGCACCCGGGUGUCCAUGGCCUACCAUCUCGGCCCGCCCGCCGACGCCAAGGUAGCGCCCCUCAGGGAAGCUGUGGGCGGUGGCAAGCCCGCCUACCGCACCGUCACGUGGCGAGAGUACUUCCUUGUGCGCAAGGAGGCCUUCACCACCGGCGGCUCCGCGCUCCAGAUGGUCUCCCUCAGCCCGGGUGACCACGACGACGAUGGUGAUGGCGCCGACCAAAUAAGUGAAAUCUCUUCAUAGAUCGGCGCCAGCCAUCACCAGAGACCGAUUCGACCGAUACAGAAAUUCAUGAAAAUGGACUAAAAAUGGCAAUUUAUAUGUGGAAUCUCUAUAUGAUCAUAUAUCCCAUGUGCACAAGAUAGAUCCUUUAGACAUCUGUGGAAGGUGAAAAUUGCCGUUAAGAUCGAAA